AUGCUUAUGCACAUGGCCUGCAGGGUCCUCAAGGACAGCGGGUACUUCUCGGAAGCGCUCUACCCGUGCAUGAGCAUGAUCGCCGGGCUCGGCGGCGCGGUGGACUUCUCCAGGUGCGCGUUGUACGACAUCCUGGAGGCCACGGCGCGCGGGGGCCCAGGGGCCUCGGUGCGUUCGUGGGUGGACGACGUCACCCUGCGGGUCGAGGGCCGGGCGAGGCGGGCCGUGGGCGUCUUGGAAGCCGCGGGUCUUGCCUUCGCUGAGGGCUGCCGCGAGGCUGGCCUAGUUAUCUCGAGCAAGUCCACCAUCAUCUCCGGGGACAACGAGGUGGCGAAGCAGCUGCAGCAGCACUUCGCCGACCAUGGCUUCCAGGUGAAGGUCCAGGAGGUCGCGGCCGACUUGGGUAUUGACAGGGGCCGAGUGGGUGCGCGCCGCCCGAAGCAGUCGGCCAGACGUGCAGGGGCAGGCCGCCGAUUGGUUCGCCUGCGGCGCUUUGCCCGGAGCUCGGUCCGGAGGCGGAUCGCCACCAAGGUGGCGCUCAUGGGCGUCCUGCCCAUGGGCGGCUACUCCGACAGGGUGUACGGCGCGGCCCCUUCGGUCAUCCUGAGAUGGCGCCGGGCUAUAGCCCAGACGGUGGCAAAAAAGUGGCCCGGGCGAUGCUUGACCACGUUGCUGCAGCUGAAGGUGGGCGCCAAAGACCCGCAGGUGCAGAUGGUCCACCAGGUGGUGGAGUCCUGGAUGCAGGUGAUCUUCUCGGCCAAGCUCGACCUAGCGCUGGCCCGCAUCACGUGGGCCAGGGCGAAGGAGAAGCUGGAGGGGCGAAAGCGAACCUCGAGGUCGAAGGGCGUGACGGGCAUCGUCACCGCAACGAUCGCCACCCUGUUGGACCUUGGCUGGUCCCCAACUGGGCCCUGGGACUGGACCAGCGACGACGGGGUCCAGCUGCGAGCGCCCGACUCCAUGAUUGGCCAGGGCCCGCAGGACAUGUGGGCCCUGAAGGCGGAGCUCUCCGCAUCGAUCCAGCGCUACAUGUGGAAGAGGGCCGCGCAGCACUGGCACGGCAAGGGCUUGGAGGGUGGCGCGCGGACCUCUCGGGUGCCCGUCGGCACCUCAAGGUGUAACUCUGAUUUCAGAAAAGUCUCGAGGAACCUCAAGAAGCGGGCCAGCAGCGACGUGGACGCGCUGCCAUGUCUUUGGCUCAGAGGCAUCCUCCCCGCGUCGUGGACAUACGUCGAGGAGCCGCCCGACGACCCGCUGGGGGACCAGUGUGGCGACGCGGCCUCGCUGCAGGGGCGGGGGUGGCUGCUGGUUGGAGGCGACGCUAGUGGAGGAGAGCAUUCGGCCAGCGCAAAGCUGAGGCGCGUUGGAUGGGGUUAUGCGGUUGUUGACUGCGAGUUCGGCGACGUCGACGGGGUCCACCAGCUCACCUCGGUUGCGUCCCCCUUCGGGCAUGGAGGCGGCCUGGCGGGACCGAGGCAGACGAUCAACCGCGGAGAGACCCAGGCGCUCCUGGCUGCGCUGGUGGACCUGCAGUGCCUGGGCGCGGGGAUCACCUACGUCACUGACUCCUCCUACGUGGUGAGGGGGUUCGGGAAGAUCGUCCGGGGCGUCCUCCCGAGGACGAACAUUGAUUUGUGGCAGAAGAUCAAAGAGGCGCUGCAGGGUGCGCCUCACUUGCUCUCGACGGCCGUGGUGAAGAUCGAAAGCCACUUGGACCAGGAGGUGGCGGAGGUGCCUUCCAGCACGGUCACCAGCUUGGAGAUGGCCGAAGCGAUUGGGUCCACGGUGCGCACACAUCUCACGAUGGCGUUCCUGAAGGCCUCGGAGGCAGAGCCGCGCCGCAUCAAGCCUACGAGGGCCGGGCACCGCGGCUUCAAGGUGAAGUUGGCGCUGUCGGAGCACGAGCUGAGCGGCCGUGUGGGCUCGAGCUUCCAUUGCAAGGGGUGCGGCUGCAGCGCGAGCGGCCCGCGGUUGGAGGUUUUUCUUGCCACGCCAUGCCACAAAGGCGUCCUGCAAGGAGUCCAGAUGGUAGGAAAGGGCAAGAUCACCGUGCAGGGGGUAGAAAUCCACUCGUCCCAUUUGCUGGGGUAUUGGCCCGACCUGAAGACCCAUGCUUGCCUGAAGUGCGGACACGUUGGGCGCGUGUUUCUUCGUGGGCUGGCCCAGCCAUGCGGCGAGCACCUGGGCCACUACGGGGUGCAGACGCUGCGCAAGCUGGCGUGCGGCAACUGGGACGAGCCGACCAUGGGCGAGGAGUACAACAUGAAGGUGCAGCUGGACACGAACACCCUGGUCCUCACCUCGAAGGAGCCGAUCAUGGGCACGAUUCCAGCGCCACCUUCUCCGCCGCUGCAGCCCGUCAAGAAGCUGAAGCGCUGGCACAAGACGCUCAGCACCGUGAAGCUGGAGCACAGCAUCGGGAAGAAGGAGGAAAACUUGAAGAAGAAGAAGAAGAAGAAGCGCGGCCAGACCUCGGCCAUCAAGAACUACAAGAAGAGGCUCAGGCUCAAGACGCUCAAGGCCUACGUGCACAGCCUUUCCAUCGCGGUCCCCAGGGAGAGCCAGUCGUCCUCGCAGGCUACGAAUUUCACGCCGGGCGCAUCUUCGGCCUUGCAGUUCGAAGAGUUUCUGCCCAAGCGUCCUACGAUCGUCAAGUCGUUUGAUGCCAUGACCGUGUACAAACCAGUUGUUCAGUGCAUGCCAGAGAAGGACUCCAACCAGCAGACCGACAGCACCGACAUCGAGGGCACGUUGCCCAACAUCUUCGACAUCUCCGAGGGCGACCUGCCCAUCACCUCCGAGGGCGACUUCAUGCCCGACGCCUCCGAAGGCCACUUCGAGCCCGACUCCCACGACCUCGGCGCGCCGCUCAACUUCGACGGGCCCGAGUUCAACGACGACCAGCUCGGCGCGCCGCUCUACUUCGACGGGCCCGAGCGUUACGACGACCAGCUCGGUUUGCCGCCCUGCUUCGACGGGCCCGAGCGCAUUUACAGCAACCUGCAGAGCGUCGGCGGCGCCGUCGAGGGCGACUUCGGCGACAACGGCGAGGGCUCUGCCUGCGAGGGCUCCCCCGUGCGUGGCAUCGAGGGGCGUGGAGAACUCUCGGGUCACUCCCACGACGGCGGCGCGGAGUUCGUGGGGGCCUCGCACACGUUCACAGAGGAGCAGUUGGCCUCGCUUGGGCCUUCCAGGCUGGCUGUGCUCCGCAGGCUUGGCUACUUACAGAAUUCGUGA